AAUGCAUAGGUUAUCAAACUUUGAUGCUCUUCUGAAGAGGAUAGGACCCUGUUUCGUGUCGAUCUAGACUGAUUCUCGCAUCCUACCUCCAUCCUUUUUUUGAAGUAUUGCCCUGUUGGUGUCUGGUCUUCCAGGAUAGUAAAACGAUCUUUAUAUCGCGACAUCACACCAAAGGGUGACCGUGACCAUCGCUCGCGCUGACUAAGAUGUCACAAUGCAAAUAGGAUACGUAAAUCGUUCCACGGAUUGCAGUCAGUUUCACAGACCCGCGGAGGGCGACUGCACAAUGCCGUCGCUACUCAGUAUUUAUCUUAUUGCGAUAAUUGUGUUCUUUAACAGCGUCAAAUACGUGAAACCUCCGAUUUUUAGAAAUAAUGCAAACAUGAGAAUAACGAAAAACAGCUUCCUGCUGAGCAGACCAAAAGUGGCCAGAAACGACUGGGAAGGAUUCAAUACUAUUCGACUCACACAGACAUUUAGAGGGACUUAUCCUUUUGAGCCAGAAAUUUCAUUCAGUACUCUUAAACCAAUGCAACUCUAUCCCGAGGAAGACAACAGAACUAGGAUAGCCCAACUUAACCGCCGCCAUUCGAAGUCGAACUUGUGGGAAAAAGUAUGCACAACCGGUGACAAUGAAUUCACAACAUGGAGCGUUAUCGGAUCGCGCCAAAAAGCGAAAUAUCAGAUGAAUGAAAGCGAGAUAAAUCAUGCAACUGAUACAGGCACCCUCAAACAGGAAACUUCACAAGCAACAGCGAACCAGGACAGACACAUGUUACGGAAGUGUAGUAUGAAUAUGGUCGAAUUUUGUGAUUUGACUGAAUUUCUGCUUCGCUACGAUGUGAAUGCUAUCAAAUCAAAUACCGUAUCGAGAAGAAUUGAGGUAGCUCAAGAUAAUAAUACGUCACAUUUUGGCCGGUACCACUUUUGUUCUUCUGUUGUGGAGUGGUUACCGCCAUUUACCGCCAGUGAACGAUUCCACUCGAUGCAAAAAGUAUGGCUUGGAAGAGUAAACGGCAUCGUACAUAAACUAGGAGCCGUUUUGGACCUGGCUACUUAUAUGAUACACGGAUUUGUGAAGGAGCACACAAAAAAGACUACGGAGAGUGUUGGGCCUUCGAUUGCGAGAUCUCACAGUGAUUGGGCGAUAACCCGGCCAAAGCCCAGAAACAGAGAAAGAGCUCCCGAAUCUAGCCAGGCGCCAAAUGAUGAAGCUGGGAAAAACCCAAAAGUAGUUUCGAGAGAUACAAUGGCACAGAAAUACCGCGCAAGGAACCUCACCACAGUCAAAGUCAUAAACCCGAUAAAACCAAACGAUACCAAGGCUUCCAGUUUUACUACGGACCAGGCAUCAAAUAAUGCUUCAGUCCAGAGCAACAAAAGACUGGUACCAAACGAUACUAGAACCAAACAGACCAGGAAGCCGUUUGUAAAUCAUCAUCAUCAUAGUAGGAAAAGAAGCAAGACAAAUAAACGCUAUGAGUCUGGCUUUAAUAUUAUCACAAUCCUUAUACAUGAGCUGUACAGCAAUUUGGAAGAUGGUUGGAAUCAGGUGCCUGACGCGGCGUACUUGGUGAAUCAUCUUGUGCAAAACUUUAAACAAGGCCUUCAGAUACGCCAUAGGACACCAGAGCGACGGCCAAAGGUCCGUCUGAGGGAUUAUGUUAAAAAGCCUGGACAGACCUUCGCAUCGCUGUUUUGUCUACUCAUUACUAUUCUCGUUGUGUGGUGUUCUCGAAGAUUUUCGUCUUGGCGCAAGCAGAAAACGCCCCAUUUUGUGCACCGACGCGGCAAGAAAAGGCCUCGCAGGAACUCCUUCAGGAUUUUUGGGAAUGACUUUUUAAGAUGGAUCAUCGAGACUACAAUUUAUCCCGUUUUUGCGAAAAUUCAGAAGUUCUGUUCAAGAGGAAACCUGGUUCGCGUCUGGUCAGGGGUUCUACAAUUUACAGAAAACUUUGAUGGCUAGAUGGCUCAGAUGACUUUCUUAAUUGCCAUUUAACUAAAAACACCAACAAAAAACUAUAUCAUUAUUCUCUAACUGCUAUAAAGUCUCAAAUGUCUAUAUUGAAAAAAAAAAUCAUUUCUGAAUAAAAUAACUUGUCUAAUUCACUGA